AUGGACCACAGCUGCCCUAAGAAAGAAGCUUCUGAAUUCCAUUUUGAUCCAAAAGAGUGUUUGAAAACGUAUUCUUCCUUUGACUCCACAAGCAGUGAAAAAGAUAUUUUGAUGUUUCUUCUGAGAAAUUUCUUUAAGACCUUCAUUUUGGAUGGCGUUAAAGGCAACACCCUGAUUCGUAUUGGUGCUGGGCCCACCGUUUUCGAAUUGCUGUCUGCCUGUGAGUCCUUCAAGGAGAUCAUUGUCACAAACCAUACGGAUCUGAGCUGCCAGGAAAUGCAGAAAUGGCUAAAGAAAGAGCCGGGAGCAUUUGACUGGACUCCGGUGGUGAAAUACGUGUGUGAGCUGGAAGGGGACAGGAAAAAGUGGGCUGAGAAGGAAGAGAAAUUACGAAGAACGGUCAAGCAGGUUCUGGAAUGUGAUGUCACCAAAUUCAACCCUGUGACCUUUGCCUCUCUGCCCCCUGCUGACUGCCUGCUCUUAAGCCAGUAUUUAGGAGCAAUUUGCAAAGACCUGAGUACCUACCGUGCUGCCCUGAAGAAUGUCAGCUCCCUGUUAAAGCCAGGGGGUCAUUUGCUUAUGGUGAUCACAAUGAAGUGUAGUCAUUUUGUAAUUGACCAGAACAAGUUUCCUUGCCUCUUUCUGGAGAAGGAGUGUCUGGAGGAAGCAGUGAAGGAGGCUGGCUUUGAUAUUUUGGCGUUUGAGGUGACUCCCAUAUGCUAUCCUAGUAGUUUGAUAGAGCAUGAGGGAAUCUCUUACCUAGUUGCUUCCAAAGGGAAAGGCAAAGAAGAUUAA